AUGUCCAUCAAAAUCAAACAAGCGGAUGAAAUCGAACAGAUAUUGGUGCGCCAAUUUACCCGUUUCUUGACUCAGAGAGCGGAAAACUUCUUUAUCUUGCGCCGAGUACCUGUAAAGGGCUACGACAUUUCUUUCUUGAUCACAAACUUCCACACCGAGCAAAUGUUAAAGGACAAGUUGGUUGAUUUCAUUAUUGAGUUCAUGGAGGAAGUGGAUAAGGAAAUCAGUGAGAUGAAGUUGUUUUUGAACGCUAGAGCUAGAGUUAUUGCUGAAGCAUACUUGACUCCUUUUGAUUGA